ACCGCCGACGAAUCCCACUCCCCUCUUCUCUCCUUCCGCCUCGAGACCCCCGUCUCCUCCUCGCUUUGCCCCCCACGAAGCAAUCCUCGCGCGGAAGAUCGGAUCCUCCGCGGGAUCCGCAUCGGUGCUUGCCCUUCCUGCGCGGAUUUCCGGCAGCCUUUUCCUCCCUAACCCUGAUUUCCCCUGCCGAUUCCCUGCCCCUGCCGCGGCGGUUGUUCCUGCAGACUGCUGGGGGGAUCUUUGGUGGAGGAGGGAGUUGGUGGGGGUUGGUUGGGCGGCUCCCGCGAUCCGGCCCGGGGAGAUGGCCGGCGGGAAGGAGCCGAUCGAGGUGAAGUUCCGGCUCUUCGACGGCACCGACAUCGGGCCUAGCAAGUACGACCCCAGCACCACCGUCGCCGCGCUCAAGGAGUUCGUCCUCGCCCGGUGGCCGCAGGAUAAAGAAAUAGUUCCAAAAACUGUCAAUGAUGUGAAGCUCAUCAAUGCUGGAAGGAUACUGGAGAAUAGCAAAACUCUUGCCGAGUCACGAGUCCCAGUUGGAGAAGUUCCUGGCAGUGUGAUUACAAUGCAUGUUGUUGUGCGGCCUCCCCAAUCAAACAAAAGUGAGAAGCAACAGUCAAACUCUCCGAAGCAGAACAGAUGCGGAUGUACAAUAUUGUGACGUUGAUGCAGUAGAAAUGUGUAUACCAGUGUCAUGUCCACAGGGAUCACAAGUUCAUUUUGACAAUUGAUUCUUGAAUCUAUUCUUCACAGCCUAAGCCUAGAUAUGUCAUUACCACUAGCCACAUCUGCUUGAGAAUUUGAUGCUUGCUAUCGUGUAAAAGGAGUGUGGUGGAAGGAGAUUUCUCGGGGGGGUCCUGGUAAAAACCCUAAAAGGAGUGUGCAGGAGUCAAGAAAAUUGGAUGUUUGCUUUUGUGUAAUGUGUAGACGUAGUAAUACCAAAAGUGAGUUGCUGCAUAGUACAUGUGAAGACAUUCUUUUUCGUUUGCGUCAAGCUCGGUCACGUUAUGUGUUUUGUAAUAGAAGAAGUGACUGGUAAUUCUUGUCGAGAAGUGGAAAUGAAUGUUGCGGUUUGCCGGUUUGGCAUGGGACUGAUGAAGGUGAAAAAUGACCGGUAAUAUUUGUGAA